UAGUUUGUGCUGAUGUAGGGCACUGACAGAUUUUUAGCAAAGUCCAUGCAUAUUGCUUCUUUGUUCUCAUUUGACCGACUAGAUAGUUUUGCAGCCCUUUUUCUUAAAUAAAACUGUUCAGCUUUAUGCUUGUGCAGCAGAUUUUCCUGUCGGAGGGUAUUGAUUUUGUCAUUUAGUUGUUUUUUCUCUAUGUCAUUUCCUGAGACGUUCUUAAUUUUGGCUUCUAGGGAUCUAGUAUUUGCCAAGUAUUCGUCACAGAUACUACACGUAUCUGACCUUGGGUAUCCAAAUGAUAUGUUGAAGUCUUGUGAGAAGAAAGUCAGAAGACAAGUUGGCGCCCUAACUUCGGCAGAAAGAGGUCAGUUAGUGACAGUAGAGCUGUGCAUGUCGGCUGCAGGGCACUAUAUUCCCCCGCUUCUUGUAUUCCCAAGAGUCAGAAUGAAGGGCGAACUUUUAAAUGGAGCUCCACAUAGAACAAUCGCAGCAUGCCAGCCAAAUGAAUGGAUGCAAACAGACAUUUUUGUCCAAUGGCUGCAACAUUUUAUUGCUCACGUAAAACCUAGUAAGGAUAAGCCAGUCUUGCUGAUACUUGAUGGUCAGGUGACGAAUACGAAAAACCUUAAUCUAAUUGACCUUGCAAGAAAAAAUGGAGUAGUAAUUUUAUGUUUGCCACCCCAUUGCACACAUAAAUGUCAACCUCUAGACGUAAGCUUUAAUUCGCCAUUGAGCCAAUUUUAUACUCAAGAGGUUAAGGCUUGGCUCCGAAUGAAUCCUGGGCGAGUUGUUUCACAAUUUCAGGUAGCAAGUUUAUUUGGCAGAGCCUAUCAGCGUGCAGCUACAAUGCAAACUGCCGUCCACGGGUUUGAAAAAAUAGGGAUUUACCCGACAAACCGGCCUGUUUUUACAGAGGCAGACUUUGCGCCAUCAAAAACAACAGACAGACCUGAAAUACAAAACAACCCAGAAGUCAAUAUGCCCACAUAUUCUGCACAACCUGUAGAAGGCAGCUCACCAGUUAUUAGCCCGUCUGAGUUGAAUUUGCAACAUGAAAAAAUUGAUGGUUCAUCUGUAAUUUUUCAGCCUGAUGCAGUUGCUGGACCAUCCGGAAUAAAUGUGCAGCCACUCAAUAAUGUGCAUUCCAAUACGAAAUCGCAAGAAACUGUAAAGACUCAACAUCAAAUUGAGACUACUCCUGAAAGCUGCAGUUUAGAGAAAACACCUGAAAAAAAGAUUUCAACUAAAAGUUCGACUGGUAUGAAAUUCUUGAUAUCACCUCAAGAUUUAAUGCCCAUUCCACAUGCUAAUAGAAAGGAGAGUCAAAGCAGACGCAGAGGCAAAACGGUGAUUAUAACUGAAUCACUCUAUCAACGAGAAUUGACAGAAGCGUUAUCACAAGCAAAAACUCCCAACAGUGUAAAAAGAAUCAGCGUAAAAAGAAAUAUAGUUGACGGCAAGUAUCCACCUACAAAAAGGGCCACAAGGUGGUAA